GCCUGACUUAUCGGUAGGGUGGAGGUAUCUCAUAUAGACAGGCAAAAUGUCUAAUACUUCUCAGAAGCACAGAGACUUUGUGUCAGAGCCUAUGGGUGAUAAACCAAUUACAGCCCUGGCCGGCAUUGGGGAAGUACUUGGAGGCAAACUAGAAGAGCAAGGCUUUGAUAAGGCUUAUGUGCUUCUUGGGCAGUUUCUGAUAUUGAGGAAAGAUGCAGACGACCUCUUCAAAGACUGGUUAAAGGACUCGUGUGGGGCAAAUUCACGCCAAGCAGAUCUGUGCUCCUCCUGUUUAAAGGAAUGGUGCUCGUCCUUUUUGUGAUGCAGAUUAUCUUUUGUCAUUUGCUUGUCAUUUGAUUUACAUACUGUCAAAAUACAUUUUACACACAUUUGCUAAUUGUUAACAUUCCUGUGCAAAAUAAAGUUGAAACCUCCAAGCUUAUUCUUUAUCUGAGAGUGGGAUCUUUUCAUACAGUGAUCACAACUUGCAUAGAAAAUAAUGGUCUACAUUAACUUGUGUUCCCAUGCUUAAAGGAAAACUAUACUUUCAGAAUGAAUAAUCAAGAGAGAGUUUAUACUACAAGUGCCUCAAAUAAUCCUGGCACAUUGGCAUAUACAUAUGGGUAAAUACUGAUCCUUUUACAUUUUUUUCCCUUCAACCACAAUUUUCAACUGAUUGGAUUACAGUGAUGGCAAUGGGCGCCGAUGGAACGAGGACCACAUCAACUAGCCGAUGCGUUCCUCGAUCAAACUAAAACAAACCUGCCCAAUUGAUAUCUGGCCAAUUUUUGGGCACAUAAGGUGCCGAAUUGGUCUAAAGGAUCGAUAUUGGCAACUUAAAAUCUGCAAUAUCGCAACAUAGUUUAAAAAGUAACCACUAGGAGUUAAGCAAAUGCUGCUUUCAAUAGCAAUUGUUAUUACAAAUAACUUGGAGUACUGAAAAUGUUUAAUAAAUGUUUAUUGGAAAGUU